GGGCACCCGCAGCCGAGGAGCCAGCGCUGCCCUGCAGAGUAGCCCGGGCCUGGUCGCCAGCAAGCAUCGCAGACGGUCUCUACAGGAUGUGGAUUCUAAAGACUCAAGGAUCACCCACAUUACUCAUCUGCAGUGGAGAAGGCAGCAAUGGCGAUUCAAACACCGCUGCCUCCAUCCUGUUAAAAAUUUCUCUGUAGAUAUGUGCCCCCACGACAGAGACUGAAUUAUACCAAGGGGGGAAGUUCUUGGGCUCCCACGCCUCUAGCAUUCGUCCCUCAUCCCACCAGAGAGGAAACAGGACCAUGGCUUUUUAUAGCUGCUGUUUGAUCCUCUUAACCUUUGCCUGGCAGCCUUCUGCCUAUGGGCCUGACCAGCGAGCCCAGAAGAAAGGGGAUAUUAUCCUUGGGGGGCUCUUUCCGAUUCAUUUUGGAGUAGCAGCCAAAGACCAAGAUCUAAAAUCAAGACCAGAGUCCGUGGAAUGUAUCAGGUAUAAUUUCCGAGGGUUUCGCUGGUUACAAGCAAUGAUUUUUGCCAUAGAGGAGAUAAACAGCAGCCCAGCCCUUCUUCCCAACAUGACGCUUGGCUACCGGAUUUUUGACACCUGCAACACCGUUUCUAAGGCCCUAGAGGCCACCCUGAGUUUUGUUGCCCAGAAUAAAAUCGAUUCUUUGAACCUCGACGAGUUCUGCAAUUGCUCGGAGCAUAUCCCCUCUACGAUCGCUGUGGUGGGAGCAACGGGCUCGGGCAUCUCCACGGCCGUGGCCAACCUGCUGGGGCUCUUCUACAUUCCCCAGGUAAGCUAUGCCUCCUCCAGCCGACUCCUGAGCAACAAGAAUCAGUUCAAGUCCUUCCUCCGCACCAUCCCCAAUGAUGAGAACCAGGCCACAGCCAUGGCAGACAUCAUCGAAUAUUUCCGCUGGAACUGGGUGGGCACAAUUGCAGCUGAUGAUGACUAUGGCCGUCCAGGCAUUGAGAAGUUCCGAGAGGAAGCUGAAGAGAGGGACAUCUGCAUUGACUUCAGUGAACUCAUCUCCCAGUAUUCUCAAGAGAAAGAUAUCCAUCAGGUGGUGGAGGUGAUUCAGAAUUCCACAGCCAAAGUCAUUGUAGUGUUCUCCAGCGGCCCAGAUCUUGAACCUCUCAUCAAGGAGAUCGUCAGGCGCAAUAUCACAGGCAGGAUCUGGCUGGCCAGUGAGGCCUGGGCCAGUUCCUCCUUGAUAGCCAUGCCUGAGUACUUUCACGUGGUUGGAGGCACGAUUGGAUUUGGUCUGAAGGCAGGGCAGAUCCCAGGCUUCCGAGAAUUCCUGCAAAAAGUGCAUCCCAGGAAGUCUGUCCACAAUGGUUUUGCCAAGGAAUUUUGGGAAGAAACAUUUAACUGCCACCUCCAAGAAGGUGCUAAAGGACCCUCGCCCGUGGACUCUUUACUCAGAGACCAGAAAGGAGAAGUCAGCAAGUCAAGCAACAGCUCCACCACCUUCCGACCCCUCUGCACCGGGGAUGAGAACAUCAGCAGUGUGGAGACCCCCUACAUGGAUUAUACACACUUGCGGAUAUCCUACAACGUGUACCUGGCAGUCUACUCCAUUGCCCAUGCCCUACAAGAUAUAUAUACUUGCUUACCUGGGAGAGGACUCUUCACCAACGGCUCCUGUGCAGACAUCAAGAAAGUUGAAGCAUGGCAAGUCCUGAAGCACCUGCGGCACCUAAACUUCACCAACAAUAUGGGAGAGCAGGUGGCUUUUGAUGAGUGUGGUGACCUGAUGGGGAACUACUCCAUCAUCAACUGGCAUCUCUCCCCAGAGGACGGCUCCAUCAUGUUUAAGGAGGUUGGGUAUUACAAUGCCUAUGCCAAGAAGGGAGAAAGGCUCUUCAUCAAUGAGAAGAAAAUCCUGUGGAGUGGGUUCUCCAGGGAGGUGCCCUUCUCCAACUGCAGCCGAGACUGCCUGGCAGGGACCAGGAAAGGGAUCAUCGAGGGGGAGCCCACCUGCUGCUUUGAGUGUGUGGAGUGUCCUGACGGAGAGUACAGUGACGAGACAGAUGCCAGUGCCUGCGACAAGUGCCCCGAUGACUUCUGGUCCAACGAGAACCACACUUCUUGCAUUGCCAAGGAGAUCGAGUUUCUGUCGUGGACGGAGCCCUUUGGGAUCGCGCUCACCCUCUUCGCCGUGCUGGGCAUCUUCCUGACGGCCUUCGUGCUGGGCGUCUUCAUCAAGUUCCGCAACACACCCAUCGUCAAGGCCACCAACAGAGAGCUCUCCUACCUGCUGCUGUUUUCCCUGCUCUGCUGCUUCUCCAGCUCCCUGUUCUUCAUCGGGGAGCCCCAGGACUGGACAUGUCGCCUGCGCCAGCCGGCCUUCGGCAUCAGCUUCGUGCUGUGCAUCUCCUGCAUCCUGGUGAAAACCAACCGUGUCCUCCUGGUGUUUGAGGCCAAGAUCCCCACCAGCUUUCACCGCAAGUGGUGGGGGCUCAACCUGCAGUUCCUGCUGGUUUUCCUGUGCACCUUCAUGCAGAUCGUCAUCUGUGUGAUCUGGCUCUACACCGCGCCCCCCUCGAGCUACCGCAACCACGAGCUGGAGGACGAGAUCAUCUUCAUCACCUGCCACGAAGGCUCCCUCAUGGCCCUGGGCUUCCUCAUCGGCUACACCUGCCUGCUGGCUGCCAUCUGCUUCUUCUUUGCCUUCAAGUCCCGGAAGCUGCCGGAGAACUUCAACGAGGCCAAGUUCAUCACGUUCAGCAUGCUCAUCUUCUUCAUCGUCUGGAUUUCCUUCAUCCCGGCCUACGCCAGCACCUACGGCAAGUUCGUCUCGGCUGUGGAGGUGAUCGCCAUCCUGGCAGCCAGCUUUGGCCUGCUGGCCUGCAUCUUCUUCAACAAGGUCUACAUCAUCCUCUUCAAGCCGUCCCGGAACACCAUCGAGGAGGUGCGCUGCAGCACCGCGGCCCACGCCUUCAAGGUGGCUGCCCGGGCCACGCUGCGCCGCAGCAACGUCUCCCGCAAGCGGUCCAACAGUCUCGGGGGCUCCACGGGCUCUACCCCGUCCUCCUCCAUCAGCAGCAAGAGCAACAGCGAAGACCCCUUCCCACAGCCGAAGCAGGCCGAAGAGAGGCCGAAGCAGCAGCAGCCAUUGACCUUGACACAAGACGAGCGGCAGGACCAGCAGCAGCAGCAGCAAGCACAGCAGCAGCCCCGAUGCAAGCAGAAGGUCAUCUUUGGCAGCGGCACAGUCACCUUCUCUCUGAGCUUCGAUGAGCCUCAGAAGAAUGCCAUGGCCCAAAGGAAUCCCACGCACCACAACUCCCUCGAGGCCCAGAAAAGCAGUGAGACCCUGGUGAGACACCAGGCAUUACUCCCGCUGCAGUGUGCAGAGAUGGGCUCAGAACUGGCCGUGCCGGAAACAGACUUGCAAGGGUCUGCAGGAGGGGACCGCCAGCCGGAGAUGGAGGACCCUGAAGAGCUGACCCCAACCCUCGUCGUGUCCACUUCCCGGAGCCUUGUCAUUAGUGGCGGAGGCAGCGCUGCCAGAGAAAACAUGCCGAAUUCAUAAAAUGGGAGAGGAAGACCAGUCCAGAGAGGAUGCUUGUGAUCAUGUCGCCAUCAGGGAUGAGGAAUCGCCCCCGGACUCCAUCGCCCUGAGGAAGGCGAGUAAGAGAGGCACCCAACACUGAACUCGACUGCACAGUGAAUCGGCUCAGGUUCCCUUGAAAAUUACCCCCCAAAAAAGAAGAGUUUUGUGUUCUGGUGGCUGGAUUUGUCAGUGUCGCAAUUGCCGUUGUCAAGCUUACAGUUCGUCCACACUGAAUUCCUCCUCUCCUCUUCUAUCCCACCCACCAGUUCAAAGGAAAACCCAAAGACUUACUCCCUUAAAAAAAUGCCUUCCCCAAAGGUCACAAACAGCCUGGCCUAGAGACAAAAGGUUCCGUUCCGGAUUGGCAGGCCAUCUGUCUUGCCACCGCUAGCGUUAAGAAGCUAAAAGACUGAAUCAACCCAGUGCUGCCCCAGCCCCUUGGCCGUGAGAUGAACUUGAAAUGCUCAUGCAUGUAAGGUGAAUGUUCUCCCUCCUAUUUAUGAACACCAUAGAUGUUGGAUCUCCUCCUUGCUGCUGCUAUUGCGUGACAGCUAGAAGAUUGGCAUCCCCCCGGGAUAGUGCCUAUGGUUUUGUCCAGAACAUGAGGGUGAUCCUGGGCUUACUUUCCAGGGUCACCAGAAUCACCUCAAGCUGGGGGGAAAGGAUGGCAGAAAUCAAUGAGCUGUAUCUGUAAUUGACUUUGCUCUGUAUAGCUUUACCCUUAGGAAAGUGCUUUUGGUGUACUGGCCUCUGGACAACGUCAACUGAAAGAUGUCACAGUCUGGUUUCUAUAAGGCAGUAUUAUUGAGCUCCACGUUUCCUUCCCUUCCUACGGCACCAGCCCUGGCCCCGUGAGCUGAGCCCUACGGGAGCACUUUCAGGACCCCGGGGAACCAGAUGAAGUGCCCUCCAUCCCUGCCCCCAAAGGUUUCCUGAAGCCAGAUCCACACCUACCCCAAUGAAAAAGAGACCAGUUUGUGGUUUCCCAGUAGCUGUUCAGAUAGGAAAGUGUGGUCCCCAGAGAGUGCUCAGUCAGGCAUUUGCCCAGCACUGCACUCCCCAAAUGUCAUCACCAGGUCCCCUGGCAGUAGACUCCAUCUAAGGGUAGUUAAAGGGGACCACUGGCAUAUCGCUGAGUCCUGGCUUGGUCACUUAGAAACUGGUGGCCUUAGGCAAGGAAUGGUGACCUCUCUAGACCUUUUCUGUCUCUAGAAAAAAUCCCCACCUCCCCUCCUCAGAGCUCUUACAUGGAUUAAAUGACAUAAUGUAUAUAAAGUACUUAGCAUGGUGAC